CAAUUCCAGGAACGUGCAGAAAUGUCUCCUUUCGAAAAUAAAGGACUAAUACUGGGCAUAAUGGCAGGGACUGCUGGAUUAAGCCUGGUGCUGAUUUGGUACCGCAAGAUCCGAAAGCCUGGUGCAGCUGUGCGUAUACAUGCAUUCCAGGAUAUAGGUAACAGAAUUGAUUCUGUGGGCUUGCAAAAUGAGGCUCCCAGUGAGCAAGGAGCAGUAAUGGUUUUACAUGGAAGGCAACUGCAGAUACUAGAAAAAUUGAAUGGCCUGCUACUAAGUGUGGACGAACUGAAGAGAGAGGUGGAAUUUCUGAAAGAAGCUAUUCCAAAACUUGAAGAGCUUGUUCGAAAUGAGCUUCAAGGAAAGGGUGAUGUUCAGAGAAUUAGCCCAUCACACAGAGCAACAAGGCGAAGAAAAGCAGAGACAGCGUCUAGUGCAAGAGAAACUACGAGCUCUGAAGAGGCAGAAAGUGAAGGAGGUUACCUUACUGCUCAUACUGAUUCUGAAGGAGACUCCGAGGAAGAAAAGAGAUGUAUGAAAUCACCUGAUGCCAUGGUGAAAUCAGAAGAAGAUGAAGACUUAUUUAAUUUUUUACAGCAGGUGGACAAUUUGCACAAGGGCUCAGAGGAUGAUAAAAAAGAGGGCUUCAGACUGCUCCUUGAGAAAGAUGACAAGUAUGAAAACUGUGUGGAUUUUCUUUGGAGGCUGGCACGUGCUUAUGGAGAUCUGUUUGAGAUGACUACUGAUGCUGAGGAAAAAAGGAAAUAUGUAACUGAUGGAAAGCUUAAAGCUGAAAAGGCUGUUCAGCUGGAUGCUGGGAGUGCUGAGAGUCACCAGUGGUAUGCAAUUAUGUGUGGCUAUAUGUCUCAGUUUGAAAGUGUACAAAACAAAAUCAGGAAUGGUUAUCUCUUUAAGGAGCACCUGGACAAGGCUAUUGAACUUAAGCCUCAAGAUCCCCUUUUAUAUUACCUAAAUGGAAGAUGGUGCUAUUCAGUAGCUCAGUUGUCUUGGAUUGAAAAGAAAGUAGCUGCUGCUCUCUUUGGGACACCACCAACUUCAACAGUAGAAGAAGCAUUGCAGAAUUUCCUUAAGGCAGAAGAAAUGCAUCCAGGAUAUUCCAAAUGCAAUUAUGUGUAUUUGGCAAAGUGCUAUAAAGAUCUUGGCCAGAAAAACAAUGCACUGAAGUACUGUGAUUCUGCACUGUCAAUUCUCUCAGUUACUAAUGAGGAUAAAGAGGCCCAGAAAGACUUAGAGGCUUUACUUCUUACACUGAAGCUCUGA